AUGUCCAAGAAUAAUCUUCUGCGUCAGCUUCUGCCUAAUGAUAAGGAAGUCGGCAAUCAGUAUCUGAGAGUGGACGCGCCGACAAAACAGCGACGCAAUGUCUCUCUGGCCUGUACCGAGUGCCAGAAAAAGCGAUCUAAGGUUAGAACUAUCGUCCCUCUUCUCGACGCCAGAACUGACUUAGCGAAGUGCUCUUGUACGACCCCUUGUACCACUUGUAUGACUGGAAAUCGCAAGUGCUUGUAUGAUCCAAACCGUGAUCGGAGACGCAAGACUCAUACCGCCGAGCUGCUCAACUUCCGUGUCGCUUUUUGCCAAAUGGUUGCUAAACUACGCUCUGGGACGCUGGAGGAGAUAUACUCGUUGAUUCAGGAGAUUCAGAACAUGCCAACCGACCAAGAAGUCGUCGAUCAUCUCGUUCAGGGCCAUGGACCAUCCAGCAAUGUGUGA